AUGUUAGGAAUAAAGUUUUUGUUAAUUGAUUUAAAUCAACCUCCAUUUCAGUUUAUAACAGCCUUCUUCAUAGCUUCAAGUAAUGCAAUUUUCUUUGGUUCCUGGUCAGGUCCCGUAAGAAACAAAGUUGAAACUGUGACAGUAGCACCGGCAAUUCAACAAUAUCCAAUUUCAUACAUCAGAGCGUUUGCUUAUCAGCCAGUUGCAUUCCCACAACCAUUAGCUCCAAUAACAACAUAUCAUGUGUCAAGAAACCCUCAAGCAUACCCCACAAAGAACGUCCAAUCAAAUUCAAAUCAAUUUAACAACGCAGUGUUGCAAGCAAUGCAGCAACAACUUUUCAAAAAUCGAGAUUCUUCUAAUGAGUUUCCUUCAUUUCCUCCAAUGAUGCAACAACUUCCAUUAGAUUCACAAGUUGAUUUUGGCACGACACCAACGACAACGACGACCACGACGACAACAACGCCAGCACCAACCCAGCCACCUUCUCAAGUUCACGUGAGACCAGAACCUUAUCAACGUCAAAUUCCAAUUCCACAAGCUUUCCAACAAGGAAAUUUUGGAGGCUUUCCUCAAUAUUACAAUCAACAAUACAGUCAACCUAAUCCAUUCCAGUUUACUGGACAAAGCAACAUGGCAAAUCAAUUCUCAGGUCGUCUUUUCAGUAAUGAACCGAGUUAUCAACAAUAUUCUGCUGAUCCAGUGACAUAUCAAUUCAUUCCUACAUCCAUUACACCUCUUCCCAAUCAAAAUAAUAAUAAUAAUAAUGUUAAAUAUGUGCCGUGUAUGUGUCCAGUUGCUGUUUCAAUAUCGCCACCAUUAAAUGAACCUGAGAAAAGAACAGACGAGAUUCCACUUUUGUCGCCAACACCUGAGCCUGAUCGUUUAUUGCAGUCUUUUCAAGCGUCAACACAACUAUCAGAAGAAGAGAAUAAAUAG